AUGAGUGAUCAGAAACCUAUCGAAUCGACACUGAUAAGUUCACUACAACGUCUACCAAUGGCUGUUAAAUUAGUGAAAUCCACGGAAAAAUUACCGUCUCAAGUAUCCGGUUCAAUUUCUGAAAAUAAUAAUCCAGACCAUACUAAUCUGAUUCAAUCGAAUGAAAUAACCAAUCGAAAUGAUGAUAAUGAUGUGUUAACUGUUAAAGUUUUGAAAAAAGCCGGUGAAAUACUUGGUUUAGAACUGGAAUUAGAAAGUGGAGAUGAAAGAGGUAUAAAACUUGCACAUAUUACUCCUGGAAGUCCAGUAGAUCGUUUGAAAUAUUGGAAUAAAUACAAAUCUAUGAAUUAUAUUCAAACUGAUUCAGACUAUUCAAAACUUUCAGAUACUUCUUGUAUAAAUGGUGAUCAUUUACGCAUUCCUACUGCUGGUGAUCGAAUUCUAAGUGUAUCAGAUUACAGUUUUCAAAAUAUGUCAGCUUUUACAGCAUUAAGAUUAUUAAGAAAAUUGAUUUCUUAUUCUGGUUUUAUAAAAAUCAAAUUUAUACCCAGUGAAUAUUUUGGAACUAAUCAAUUGAAAUACAAUAAUCAAUGUAGAAUGUUUCCAUCAGAACCAAAUUUAGCAAUUAAUUAA